AUGGAUCCCCAGCCGCCCAGAAGCAACACGAACCCGUUUGUUGACAGUACAGAAGACUCCCCCGGUAGCGAGAGUAACCCGGAUGUCAACCCCGUGAACUUAAACAAUUAUGAUUUGGGGAAUAAUCAACGGGUAGAAGCCACCCAAGGGGAUGGUUCCAGCACCCACGUGGAUUACAACACGGGUUUGAACUCCGAUCCUAACGACGUUCCCAAUGGUGCCCCCCCUAGCGGUGUGCCCAACUAUGGCUUCAUCUACGGAGCUAACUUGGGUGCACUGAGCGGAGAGAAUUUCAGUGCCCACUUGGGCGCAAUGGAGCAUGUGCAAGGGCAGACCACUCCAUACCUAAUAGACAGCUACAGCAUUUCGUACGUCAUGCAAGCCAUGGCAUUGGUGACAGCGAUUUUUCUGAAUGUGGUCUUCAUGAACAGACACAUGCUGACGCAAAACAUCACGAAGAGCGAAUUCGAUGAAGCAGUGUUGGGCAAUCAUUCCACGGAAGAGAUCACCCCCGUGCAAGAGACGACACCAAUAGCUGAGAUAACCCCCGUGCAAGAAACGAGCCCCAUAGAAGAGAUCACCCCCGUGCAAGAGACGACCCCCAUACCAGACAUAACCCCCGUGCAAGAGUACCAGCCACAGAACGAAAUCCUGUACUCCCCAGUGUACAAUGAAUGGGACAAUGAUGACAGCGCCACACAGCCCCUUUUGGCUGAUGAGUACUAUGUGUACGAACCCUUGUCCCCACAAGAAGGUGAAGAGGAUGAUGGUAAUAUGUCCCCCGAAGAAGGAGAGUAUCUAGUCUACGAGGCAGAAAUAGAAAAUUUAAUGAACAUGUCUUAUGAGCACCAUCGAGAUAGCUACACAGCGAACCUAUUUGAUGAGCUAAACAACCAACUCAUGGAAUCCAACAAUGGGGCUCAGAGGACAACAUACCAGCCACCAAACUAUGGGGAAAUAUUUGAAGCAGCCCAAUUUGCUGAUUUGUACCGAUUGGCCAAUAACAACCCUUACCUGUUAAGCGGCAAUAACAACUCUGCUAGGAACAGAGACGUGGACAGAAAUAAUUAUGGCUAUGCGCAUGCACCUUAUGCAGAUAUAUUUAGGCACCCUAAUUACGCGAACAUGUAUCGAGCUACUAAUGCGCCCAUUAAUGUGUCCUUGAAUAGAAGGAAUGAAACUAAUUUGAGAAAUGCUAAUUGUUGUGCUGCAAAUGACUCCGAGGGUGAUGUGAGUGGUGCGAGUGGUAGUGACGGCAGUGGCAAUGUCAACCUUGGCGAAGAGAACAUCGCCUACGGCUACGACGAAGCUCAGUUUCCGGACAGCUACCAAGAGAACAAUUAUGACAUUACAGAAGAGGAAGAAAUGGAUGGAUCCUUUUGA